GUUCAUGCUAAUGUGUUGCAACUCUUCCUCAUUUGAAUCAAAUGAGCGAGCUAGUAAGGUUUGCCGUUUGAAUGCUGGUUUCCUGCAUGUGUCAUGAUCUGUUUCACUUGCAUCGAGCAACAGCCAGUGACACUGUCAAGCUUUAUGAAGUGAGUAAAGUGGAUUCUCCAACAAGGACUUUUUUUUACUACUGCCAAGAUGACAGUACAUUUUAAAGAUGCCUUCUGGGGAGUGGACUUCAUCAGUGAUGUUGGGUAUGAGAUGAUAAGUCAGAGACUAAAUGAUGGUCGACGGACAUGCAAGGACAUGGAGGAGCUCUUGAAAAUGAGGGCAUCAGCAGAGGAGAAAUAUGGCAAGGAACUGGUCACAAUUGCACGCAAAGCUGGUGGUUUAUAUGAGAUCUGCACUUUGAGAAAAUCUUUUGAUGAAAUGAAAACACAAAUGGAAAAUAUAGGGAACUUGCACAUUCAGCUUUCUGGUUUACUAAAGGACGAGGUGAAGAGAAUGGAGCAGUUCAGAGAGAGGCAGAAAGAACAGCGGAAAAAGUAUGAAGUCAUCAUGGACAAGGUGCAGAAGACAAAAAUCUCCCUCUACAAGAAAACAAUAGAUUCUAAAAAAUCCUAUGAUCAGCGCUGCAAGGAGGCAGAUGAGGCCGAGCUCACAGCUGAGAAAAUGGGCAACACUCCCACAGCCACUCCCAAACAGAUCGAGAAGAUGAACAAUAAAUCUAGACAAUGCAGGGAAGCUGCAGGAGAUGCUGAGAAACAGUACAUGACAAACAUUGAACAGCUUGACAAGACUCGACUGGAGUGGGAUACAACACACAUCAACACAUGUGAGGUGUUUGAGCAGCAGGAAGAAGACCGCAUCAGUGUACUGAGGAACGCUCUGUGGGUGCACUGUAACCAUUUAUCAAUGCAGUGUGUGAAAGAUGAUGAGUGUUACGAUAACGUGCGGACUGCACUGGAAAGUUGUGACAUCAUCGCAGACAACAGCUGCUUUGUGGAGAUGAAACGCACUGGGUCGACCCCCUCAGAACCUAUUGAAUACCAAAAUUACUACGAGAGGGAAAAUACAGGAGACAAAAACGGCACUGCUGGAUUCGUAGGGGUGAUAAAAAGGUUUUCAAAUCUUUUGCAGUCAAACUGUUCCAGUGGCUCCAAAAUAAGCAUCAAUGAACAUACUGCAGAAACCACGGAUGGAAUAUACGCCUCCAUUCCUGAAAGUCAGGUGACCCAGCUGAGCAGUGAGGGGUACAAGGUCGUGUACGACUAUGAGGCACAGGGGAACGAUGAGCUUUCUGUGUCUGUCGGGGACGUGGUGGUUGUCAUAGAUCAAGGUGAAGAUGGCUGGUGGAGAGUGAAAAGGAAUGGAGUUACUGGAUUGGUCCCAGGCACUUAUCUUGCUAAAGAAUAAGUUUACUUGAAGCUACAUGAAGGAUUUUAAGACUUUUACAUUUCCUCAUGUUUUAAAUUGAUAAAGGCCUUGUGUUUUCAAAUAAUGUUUAUGUUUGAUCUUAUCGGUUCUUCUUUGUUUUGCAAGCAUCAUUUAAAUAAGGAAACCCUGAGAGGCAAGUGAGAAAGAAGUAAAUGGCGAUUCAUUUGCUAAGUCUGAUCCAAAAAACGUUUCUCCCCUGUGUUUAUAACUCAAGAACUAGUGAGGAAAUGUUUUUUUGAAGGGUAAUCUUUCUUUGUUGCAAAAAGGUUUUUCUGGGAAACAGAUGUCAGCAUAAUUAUUAAGUGUUUAUUGAAAGUCAAAAUACAUGUUGAAUAUAUUGUGUUUUAGCAAGUUAAGUAUCAUCGUGUGUUUCUUGGCUGGAAAUUAACUUUCCAGCCAAGAAACUGGCUCAAAUCAGGUACCUUUAAUAUGGUAGUGGUGCACUUCAGCCUCUUGUCGUCAGAAUUAGUAUUAAAAUACAAAACAAAGAAAGGGUAUAUAGUUUGGAAAAAUUAUCGUGUGAAAACCUUUUUUAUAGGUGGAUCAAAUAAAAUGUUAAACUUGGAAAGGGUAUAUUUGCAAAACCUGUUUCUGCUCUUAAGUCACACACAUUGUAAAUCAGACCUAAAAGAAAAUAGUUAUUUUUACUUGUCUCUCAGGGUUUCCAAAUUAAAGCCUCUAUGCUAGUUUUUCUUACAAACUUCCAUGUGUUUGGAUCAUUUGAAUCAUCACAUUAAAUCCUACAGAAAGGAAAUGUCACAUAAAGCCUCGUGAGACUGUGUUGAAGGAUGAAUUAUUUAUUGCUAUGGCACAUAUUCAUAUUACUUUGCCCUUACUGCUGGUCUGUUGAGUGCCCGUCAUACUAAGGACAGCUGGAGAUUAAGUGAUCCUUGGCACAAGGUCACUGCACUUAGUUUAUUAAUAUACUGUGGUAUUAUCUGUGGUAUUACUGUGCUAGAUAUUAGGCAGUAUGUUUGAUUUCUCUUGUUGGCAUGUAUAUUAUUAUUAUUAUUUUUUCUAUUCUGAAGAUAAAAUGUUGAAAACAGAA